CCGCCCCCCACCCGCUCGGGCAGGAUGGUACAGUCUGCGGAGGGGCCCGGGCACGCUGGCUGGGCUCAGCCGCGGCACCAGCUGCCGCACCGCGAUUACGGGGCUGCCCGCCGGGAAACCGUGCAGGAUUGGUGGUGAUUUUCAUAACCAAGAGCCACCACCUCUGACCAUGUAGAUGCCAGCUCCAGGGAGCAGCAUGGGCCCCACUGAAUGGAGACUCCUGGGUCUACAGCCCUGAGCCCCUCCGGCCCCUGGACCUCGUCCCACACCCAGGGACAUCCCUUGGAGCUCACCACUGCUGUCACCAGCCGGCCUCAGCCACCCCCACCCCUGAGGACCCGGAGUCGGCCACCUGGUGCCACAACUGACCAGUGAGGGUGUGCUGAGGACAACCACAAGCAGCCAUCACCCGGCAGCCUUUUGUCCAGCACUGACCCUCGGGCCCACCCCGAGCAGGGACUGCAGCAACAUGGGUGACAUGACCAACAGCGACUUUUACUCCAAAAACCAAAGAAAUGAGUCGAGCCAUGGGGGCGAGUUCGGGUGCACAAUGGAGGAGCUCCGCUCACUCAUGGAGCUGCGGGGCACUGAGGCUGUGGUCAAGAUCAAGGAGACUUAUGGGGACACUGAAGCCAUCUGCCGGCGCCUCAAAACCUCACCUGUUGAAGGUUUGCCAGGCACCGCUCCAGACCUGGAAAAGAGAAAGCAAAUUUUUGGGCAAAACUUUAUACCUCCAAAGAAGCCAAAAACCUUCCUGCAGCUCGUGUGGGAGGCGCUGCAGGAUGUGACGCUCAUCAUCCUGGAGAUCGCCGCCAUCAUCUCCCUGGGGCUGUCCUUCUACCACCCACCUGGCGAGGGCAACGAAGGAUGCGCAACAGCCCAGGGUGGGGCAGAGGAUGAAGGAGAGGCAGAGGCGGGCUGGAUCGAGGGGGCUGCCAUUCUCCUCUCAGUCAUCUGUGUGGUCCUGGUCACGGCCUUCAAUGACUGGAGCAAAGAGAAACAGUUCCGGGGCCUGCAGAGCCGCAUCGAGCAGGAACAGAAGUUCACCGUGGUCCGGGCUGGCCAGGUGGUCCAGAUCCCUGUGGCUGAGAUCGUGGUUGGGGACAUAGCCCAGGUCAAAUAUGGUGACCUCCUCCCUGCCGACGGCCUCUUCAUCCAGGGCAAUGACCUCAAGAUUGAUGAGAGCUCCCUGACCGGAGAGUCUGACCAGGUGCGCAAGUCUGUGGACAAGGACCCCAUGCUGCUGUCAGGGACCCACGUGAUGGAGGGCUCAGGAAGGAUGUUGGUGACUGCUGUGGGUGUGAACUCUCAGACUGGCAUCAUCUUUACACUGCUGGGGGCUGGUGGUGAAGAGGAAGAGAAGAAAGACAAGAAAGGUGUGAAGAAGGGGGAUGGCCUUCAGCUACCAGCAGCAGACGGUGCGGCAGCUUCAAAUGCUGCAGAUAGUGCGAAUGCCAGCCUAGUCAAUGGUAAAAUGCAGGAUGGCAAUGUGGACGCCAGCCAGAGCAAAGCCAAACAGCAGGACGGGGCAGCCGCCAUGGAGAUGCAGCCCCUCAAGAGUGCCGAGGGCGGCGACGCCGACGACAGGAAGAAGGCCAGCAUGCACAAGAAGGAGAAGUCCGUGCUGCAGGGCAAGCUCACCAAGCUGGCUGUGCAAAUCGGGAAGGCAGGCUUGGUGAUGUCGGCCAUCACAGUGAUCAUCCUCGUGCUCUACUUCACUGUGGACACCUUCGUGGUCAACAAGAAGCCGUGGCUGCCUGAGUGCACACCCGUCUACGUGCAGUACUUUGUCAAGUUCUUCAUCAUUGGCGUGACAGUGCUGGUGGUCGCCGUGCCCGAGGGGCUCCCUCUGGCCGUCACCAUCUCGCUGGCCUAUUCAGUGAAGAAAAUGAUGAAGGACAACAACCUGGUACGCCACCUGGACGCCUGUGAGACCAUGGGCAAUGCCACAGCCAUCUGCUCAGACAAGACAGGCACGCUGACCACCAAUCGCAUGACAGUGGUACAAGCCUAUGUCGGCGACGUCCACUAUAAGGAGAUCCCCGACCCCAGCUCCAUCAACACCAAGACCAUGGAACUGCUGGUCAAUGCCAUCGCCAUCAACAGCGCCUACACCACCAAGAUUCUGCCCCCAGAGAAGGAGGGCGCCCUGCCUCGGCAGGUGGGCAACAAGACGGAAUGUGGCCUGCUGGGCUUCGUGCUGGACCUGAAGCAGGACUACGAGCCUGUGCGCAGCCAGAUGCCAGAGGAGAAGCUGUACAAAGUAUACACCUUCAACUCCGUGCGCAAGUCCAUGAGCACCGUCAUCAAGCUGCCCGACGAGAGCUUCCGCAUGUACAGCAAGGGGGCUUCUGAGAUCGUGCUCAAGAAGUGCUGCAAAAUCCUCAACGGGGCGGGAGAGCCCCGUGUCUUCCGGCCCCGCGACCGGGAUGAGAUGGUAAAGAAGGUGAUUGAGCCCAUGGCUUGCGACGGGCUCCGCACUAUCUGCGUGGCCUACCGCGACUUCCCCAGCAGCCCUGAGCCGGACUGGGACAACGAGAAUGACAUCCUCAACGACCUCACCUGCAUCUGCGUGGUGGGCAUCGAGGACCCCGUGCGACCAGAGGUCCCAGAAGCCAUCCGCAAGUGCCAGCGGGCAGGCAUCACAGUCCGCAUGGUCACUGGCGACAAUAUCAACACGGCUCGGGCCAUCGCCAUCAAGUGUGGCAUCAUCCAUCCUGGGGAGGACUUUCUGUGCCUCGAGGGCAAGGAGUUCAACAGGAGGAUCCGCAACGAGAAGGGGGAGAUUGAGCAGGAGCGAAUUGACAAGAUCUGGCCAAAGCUGCGGGUGCUGGCUCGCUCCUCCCCCACGGACAAGCAUACCCUGGUUAAAGGCAUCAUUGACAGCACACACACCGAGCAGCGGCAGGUGGUGGCCGUGACAGGGGACGGGACCAACGAUGGGCCUGCACUCAAGAAGGCCGACGUGGGCUUCGCCAUGGGCAUCGCAGGCACUGACGUGGCCAAGGAGGCCUCAGACAUCAUCCUUACCGAUGACAAUUUCAGCAGCAUCGUCAAGGCAGUGAUGUGGGGCCGCAACGUCUACGACAGCAUCUCCAAGUUCUUGCAGUUCCAGCUCACAGUCAACGUGGUGGCCGUGAUUGUGGCCUUCACAGGUGCCUGCAUCACGCAGGACUCCCCUCUGAAGGCCGUGCAGAUGCUCUGGGUGAACCUCAUCAUGGACACGUUUGCCUCACUGGCACUGGCCACCGAGCCGCCCACGGAGACCCUGCUGCUGAGGAAGCCGUACGGCCGUAACAAGCCGCUCAUCUCCAGGACCAUGAUGAAGAACAUCCUGGGUCACGCUGUCUACCAGCUCGCCCUCAUCUUCACCCUCCUCUUUGUUGGCGAGAAGAUGUUCCAGAUUGACAGCGGGAGGAAUGCACCCCUGCACUCGCCGCCCUCAGAACACUACACCAUCAUCUUCAACACCUUUGUCAUGAUGCAACUCUUCAACGAGAUCAACGCCCGCAAGAUCCACGGCGAGCGCAAUGUCUUUGACGGCAUCUUCCGGAACCCCAUCUUCUGCACCAUCGUGCUGGGCACCUUUGCCAUCCAGAUAGUGAUCGUGCAGUUUGGAGGGAAGCCAUUCAGCUGCUCUCCACUACAGCUGGACCAGUGGAUGUGGUGCAUAUUCAUUGGGUUAGGAGAGCUCGUUUGGGGUCAGGUCAUCGCCACCAUCCCGACCAGCAGGCUCAAGUUCCUCAAGGAGGCAGGCAGGCUCACGCAGAAGGAGGAGAUCCCGGAGGAGGAGCUCAACGAGGACGUGGAGGAGAUCGACCACGCGGAGCGGGAGCUGCGGCGGGGCCAGAUCCUGUGGUUCCGAGGCCUGAAUCGGAUCCAGACACAGAUUGAAGUAGUCAAUACUUUCAAGAGCGGGGCCUCCUUUCAGGGGGCCCUGAGGAGACAGUCCUCGGUCACCAGCCAGAGCCAGGACGUAGCCAAUCUCUCUAGCCCUAGUCGCGUGUCGUUGUCCAAUGCUCUUUCCUCUCCGACCAGCCUUCCUCCUGCUGCAGCCGGGCGUGAAGGGCUAGAGAACCCUGGACACAGAGUUCAGCAAGAGAGAGUGAAAUUAAAAGAGAUCCGCGUCGUGAAGGCGUUCCGUAGCUCUCUCUAUGAAGGAUUAGAAAAGCCUGAGUCUCGAACCUCCAUCCAUAACUUCAUGGCUCAUCCUGAAUUCCGGAUCGAAGAUUCCCAGCCCCACAUCCCCCUCAUUGACGACACCGACCUGGAAGAAGAUGCCGCGCUCAAGCAGAACUCGAGCCCGCCAUCAUCGCUCAACAAGAACAACAGCGCCAUCGACAGUGGGAUCAACCUGACGACCGACACAAGCAAAUCAGCUACCUCUUCAAGUCCAGGGAGCCCCAUCCACAGCCUGGAGACAUCGCUUUAGCUGAGGACCCUGUCACCUCCCCGCCCGCCCUCACGGACCCCGCUGCCACCCGCCUCCCGGGCACCCAUCCAUCCAGGCACCCAACUCACCCAAGCAGCAACGAGCAACAACCGGAAACCAAAUACUGGAGAGAAAACCAACGUUUCCACCAACAGACCCUUUCUCUGGCUGCGAUGCUGUUUGAACUCUUUUUCACUUCGAGGCAAGGGGCGGGAUCUCCACUGGGGGCUUACGGGAGUGAACGGUUUUCCCAAAACAAGCCCUUCCUGGCUCCCACCCAGACAUGGACCAGCCAUGCACCCGCCCAGCCACCACGUCCCCCGCAUGAAUGUACUGUACACUUUCAGUCCUCCCCUUGUUUGGUUUUGGGGGGUUGGGGAGGGGUUUUUUUGUUUGUUUUCUUAGGCGGGAACUGCAAACAGACUCUUUUCUGAGACUAUUUAUCCAAUCCACUGGUCUGUGAGUUUUUGAAAUGCUUGCGCAGCAUGGUCUCAGUUGUAUAGAUUAAUUUAAUAACUUUUUGAAAUUGCAGAGCUUAACUCGCCUAGUAGAUUUGCACCAAUGGAACCGAAGAACUUCAUAGACACUCACAAGGUUAUAUCCAUUUCUUUGUAUCUAUAUCAACGUAUACUUCUCCAAGACUGUAUACGUCCAUAUAGAUAGGUAGAUAUAUAUAUAUAUAAAUAUAUAUAAAUAUAUAUACAUGGAUAUAUAAAGUUUCUUUGCCGGCAUGUUGCCUUGUUUCUGCUUAAAUUGCUCUAUUUUAACUUAUUUAUGUCCUAAAAGAAGAAUGUAAUUUGUUUACAAACCUGUAGAUAAUGUCUUUGGCUAUUUGUACGGUUUAAGAACACUGGUGGCCGAGAUGCUAUAAAAACAGCUCGGCCCGACAGACACUUCCCCUGGGUUGCAUCCUUGAUGUUUUAUGAUAGCCAUGCUCUGAUUUUUGCCUGCUGUUUCCGUUCAAUACUGUCACUACCAUGAGAGGCUCAGGCAGAAGCCAAAUGCCACUGAGUUGCCAUCCUGAAGGGUUUAACAACAUGCUCCGUAGACAAAGGGAGAGGAGGAGAGAAGGCUUCCUGGGUUUGCAACACUAACGGCCAUCUGGCCCAAGGAUGCCAGGAUCUGCAAAGCACUGCUCGAAGACUUUUCUCUCAAUGAAACUCGCUUGAGUUUACUAAGAGCAUUUCAAACACAGGUUCUCUUUGGCACUGUCUGUACAGAGAUUGAGGUAGUGUUGAAAUAUUAUACAUGGUAUUGUGUUGAUUUUUUUUUUAGUAACUUACAGGUUUAUUUCCUUAUUAAUGGCAGCAUCUGAGCUGUUGGCAUAUUGGAUGAGGAUCAGUAUGGCUUGCUGCUUUUAUUUUUAUUUUUGAAGAAGAAUAGCCUUUUUCUCUGCACUAUUUAGAUCCGAAUGAACCUUAUGAUGUGUAUAUUGAGAUGUAUUCAGUGUGAUUUUAAACCAAAUUGUCUUCCUGUAGUCACAAUAUAUACUGUAGCCUUUUAACAGCAAGUCUUGCUUUCCCAAACAGAAAGCCAUUCUGAAACCCUACAGUAUCACAGGUGAGAAAAGGUGGUUAUUUUUUCCCCAAGACAACAGCACUAGUAAUCCCACUUAAUAAGAGCUUAUUUAAUUGUAUGUCAGCCUCUUAACUGCUAAGCACUUUGUGGGUCUCAGCGUUUUUCAUAAAAGAACUUUUGUAUUUAAUACAAAGUUUGCUUUGAGACUUUUCAGCAUAUGAUCUUUUUCCAUAAACUUGUACAGUGCAAAAGACAUUUUGAAUACCAUGAUCAAUGAUGUCCCAUGCUUUGAGGAAAACCAAACACUUUCCGCCUCUCUUGCAAAAUCCAUUCCUCAUGCUGACCCUCCCCACAGUGGCUGCGUCAGCCCAGCCCCUUCCCUUCUCCAGGCCCAGAGAACUCUUCCGCAAACAAGAUGAGAGCCACUCGGGAAAAGAGCCAUAGUCAGCUGGGAGGGCCUACAUCUGGAUGGCUGUGGAAAAACUUGAGGGUUCAGGGUUCAAAGUCAGCCCAUCCCACCUGGCAAAAUCCUCCUGGAAAGAGGACCUUCUUUUCAAGAGCGCACCACCUGAAUGUUGUGAAGAAAUAUAUCUGAAUGUAUCCAGCAGAGGAAACUACAGACCCAAAGGGGUGACCAGCCCUCAGAUGUGCUAUUGGAUUCCAAUACAAACGCCACCAAAGCCAGCCCACUGCUCUCCUAUGAGGAAGGAAAGACCUGCGCGUGUAAAACUUGGGCAGCCUUGGAACAUGGUGUUUUUUGGAGUUUCCUUUCUCAUGGUUUUCCGUCUCCCCCUUUCUUUGGUCAGUCAUAUGUCUGUGACCUCAUUCCAUGACAUCAGGAUAGCUGUGUUUGCACACCAUGCUCCAUGUCCAUUUGGAGCCAGGCAGGGUUCUCAGCGGAGCCUGCCUUGGGGAACAGGGAGCGAUGGAAGAAUGCCAACAUUCGUGUUGGUCUUCUCUUGUCAGGAAUGACGGAUGCUUGCACACACGCACCCCUCACUCUCACACUUGCACACACAUCCACACACACAGGAAAUGAUUGGUUUGUCAAAACUCACUGUAGUACAUAAAGCUUGCACUCUGCGUCCUAUAUCUAGCAGCAUGGGGUACGUUUGGCAGUUCACCCCAUUAGGGGGUAAAUAAUUUAUGACCAUUCAUCUGUUUUUAUGAAUUUUUUUAUCUAGACAAUAAUUGUAAAUAAAGAACUCACCAUCUCUGUUCAUUUAAUACUA